UUGUCGGUGGGGACGAGGGGGAAGGCUAUCUGGGAAAUAAUCUGUCCACGCGUUAAGCUGCUUUAUCCCCGCCGAGCCGAGCCGACUGCUGCGCCUCCGGUUGGAGCGGCAGAAGCAGAAAAAGUCGCCGCUGAGGCAGACCACAAGUACAUACUUGGAUCGGAACCAAGGAGGGAAACUGGCAAAGGUGGUUUGGGCAUGGAACAUACGACACUUUGGAUAUUCUUGAUAACUACUUACGUCUUGUCAGGAGGGAAUGGCCAAACUGUAGAAAUGGAUGAUGGGAAAUCAGGGUACCUGGGUUCCAAGGUAGAUCUUCGCUGUCGCUUCAUCAACAGCUCGCCGCCUGUCAAAAUCUCACAGGUGACAUGGCAGAAACUGGUGAACGGCACGAAGCAGAACAUGGCUAUCGCCAACCCGUCCCUCGGAGUGUCCGUGGCCCCGCCCUACAAGGACCGCGUCACAUUCAAGAACGCGGCGGUGAGGCGUCGAACUCCGACCCUUGAAGACACCACCAUCACCUUCUCCUCGCUGCGUCUGGCCGACGAAGCCACUUACAUCUGUGAAUACACCACCUUCCCUGCUGGCAAUAGGGAGAACAAGGUCAACCUGACUGUAUAUGUUCGCCCAACCACUCAGAUGAGUCUGUCCACACCCACGCUGGUGGCUCGCGCAUCCAACCUGAAGACGCCAGUGGCGACAUGCAUCUCUGCCAAUGGAAAACCACCUGGUGUCAUCAGGUGGGAGACGAGGGUACCUGGUGAAGUGACCACCCGCGAAUACAGAAACUCAGAUGGCACCUUCACAAUUCAGAGCGACUACAUUCUGGUGCCGAGCAGGGAAACGCACAAAGAGACGCUCACUUGUGUCACCUCCUACAACGACGAGUUGUUCACCGAUAGUGUUACCCUCGACAUUCAGUAUGAACCCGAUGUUCUGGUGGACGGCUACGAUGGAAACUGGUACCUGAACAGAGAGAACGUGCAGCUGAGCUGCCAAGCCGACGCCAACCCGGCCGUUUCCCUGUACCAGUGGAAACUGAUAAACGGCUCCAUGCCGAGCAGUGCUGAGAUAAGAGACAACAUCCUCAUCUUUAAAGGGCCGGUUACAUACGAUCUGCAGGGUACUUACGUGUGCGAUGCCACCAACAGCAUCGGGACCAGAUCGGGCUUCGUGGAAGUCAGCGUUAUUGACAAGCCACUCCCGCAGAUAGCGACGGGUGAUGUCAUCAGCGUGGUGGCGUUAUUGUUGGCGGCGGGCGUGCUGAUGGGAAUCACCAUCACAGUGCUGGUGCUCAAGAUCAGAAGCAGGAAGGAUGAUACCUCAGAUGACUCUCCAUCGAGGAAACUGUCCCAGCCGAUACGCAAAAGAGCCGCGGAAGAUAUUCAGCAUUCGGGGCGUUUCUACGAGGAGCUUCCGAACACAGCGGACUACGUGAGCUACAGACUAGCCUGUAACAAGGAGGACUACCCGGAGCCCUACUCCCCGCCCAUUAACCCCGCCGUGUCCUUCCUGCCCCAACACCCCUACCACUCUCCACAAGCCACUACGACCACGGGCAGCAGCAGCAGCACCAGCUCAUCCAAGAACACCUUCUCUCCACCCUCGCACUCCUCCGCCAUCUUUAAGUAUCCCUCAGUACCAGGCCUGUCCUCUCCUCCCCCGGGGGUGGGGGCGUACACGUUCCCCAAAGAGCAGUACGUGUGAACCGACGGGGUGGCCACGGUGAUCUGAAACAGAACAACACAAACUUUUUCCAAGAAAACUCUACUUGGACUACUUGGCAGUUUGUUUUUGGACUGUCAGCAACACUUGGGGGGAGUAAUGCAGCUUUCGGACUACUGUUUUUGGGUCCGCUUCUACACACAUCUACUCCCCUUGUGUCCCCAUGUCCCAAUUUUCAUGAAAGGGAAUAUUCUCCCAGCCAAAUUACCUGUUUUAUAGCUGUCCAUGACAAAUUUUAAUUGCUAACGGAAUCUUUUAAUGUGGCUAAACUACCCUCUACCACGCUAUCUUUUUGUAAGAAAAGAAUAAAAAAAAAAAAAUGAAUCGUACAAAAAGUUAUAUUUCAUAAUUUAUGUUGAAUAAUCACUGUCUUCAUCCUGCACUGUAAUCGCUGAUCGUUUCCAACGCUGAAUCCCAGCAUACCUCACCUUUGACGUCCCGGUUCAUUGUGUUUGUAUUUUGACAAGACAUUUUUAUUGACGGAGAUUUAUCUCUUUUUUUUUUGACAUUUAUAGAAAAAAAUGUGCGUUUAUGUGUUUUAGUAUUCAUUGACACCGGUUGUUGGAUGAACUCUGAAUUUUUUUAGUAUUUCAAUUAAAAAAAUAAGCAAGA